GCCCUGUUCUGUUCCUGUGUCCUAUGUAUGGCAGUUCUGCUGCUGUUAGGGGACUCGCAUGUAGUAGAACCUUAGUGGAGAUAUAAGUACAAAAUCCGUUUUCCAUAGAUGCACUGAUGUCUAUUCUGAGGCGAAGUAGAAAUAUCAUUCAUGCUGUGCGCCUUGCAGGCACAUCUGCCAGUGUUCAGGCAGCUCCAGGGUUUGAAGUGGACACAGAAGAAAAUGAACUUGUUAACCCAAAUUUUGUCAAUAGAAACCCACGUAAUAUGGAAUGCUUAGCAUUGGCAGUAAAAGACAGAGGAUGGGGUACAGUGUGGCCAACUCGACAAUACUGGCAUAGAUUGCGUUUUGAACGAUCUCAGCACCAUGUCUCUGCAUUUGUGGAGCAUUCCAAUGGAAACGUGAUAGUCUCGGCUUCUACCCGUGAGUGGGCAGUGAAGAGGCACCUUUACAGCACAAAGGAUGUCAUGGCUUGUGAAAACAUUGGCCGUGUACUAGCUCAGCGCUGUUUAGAGGCUGGAAUCAGUUAUAUGAUAUUUCGUGAGAUCCCCUGGACCUUCCGAUCUGAAGCGGUGCAGCGUUUUCGAAAUGCAAUGAAGGAAGGUGGCGUUGUUUUAAGUGAACCACGUCGAAUUUAUGAGUGACUGGUGGAAUAGAUUCAGCAGGCUUUCCUUUAUUUUAAGAACAUUAGUGAUUUAUUUAAUACUUGGAACUGUAUCACAAUAUUUUUUGUUCUGUUGCUAAUGAGAAAAAAGCCACCCUCUGAGUUGUACAUUAAAUUCAGUUAUUGCAGUUUCUCCAAAGAAUUACUGUAUGUUGUUAAUGCAUUUUUAUAUCAUAAAUACCUAAUAAAUCUUUAAAAAUGGCAACAUAUUUAAUGUGCUGAGUUUUUUAAGAAGCUAAAUUACAUUAAUAACAUGAAAUCAAAUCUAUUUUUUUUUUUAAAUAAAAUUCUCAGUGUAUGUUUUGGCCCUUGA